AGUCCCAUGAGCUACAAGUUCAGUUACCAGCAAUAAGUCGAACCAUUUGGACGUCUCUCUAAACUAAUCUUCUACAUUAAAAAAAUAAUAACAAACCACAAUGCCACCACCGCAUGAUCAUUGUGGCGGACCACCGCAUCGCCGUGGACCUGUGAUCAAGGUCCAGAUUGCACCACCAUGGCCCCGACGCCAUCAUCGUCCGCCACCUCAGGUGGUGGUGGUACAGCAGCCACCGCCGCCACCACCGCCAGUUAUGGUAGUGCAACAGGCGCCGCCACCGCCAUACUAUCAGCAACCACCACCCCCACCGCCCGGUGGCAGUCACUACCACAAUCCGCAAUAUUGAGGAGGUUAUAAAUGGAAUGAUUUCCAAUAUGCAGACGAAAAUAUUUCAGAAAGUUGUCAUAUUGAGGAGAAAGUGCAACUUUUAAAAGAAUUUAUUAUAAACCUAGCAUAAGAAAAAACUUAAAUUCAAGAACUUUAUAAAAAUCUAACAAUAAAUACAGUGGCAAAAUAUAUA